CCUGUGUCUCCCCCCACCCCACAAAAGUUGGCUCAGGCAUGGUUCAUAAGUCAACAGAAUUUAGAAGCCAUGGCUGGAUUAAGGGGACCGUUUCAUUUUGGUGGCCUGGACUUCAAGCAGAUUAAAUAAUCAAAAAGGCUGAGGUGCUGGGGUCAUGUUUAGAGGCUAAAGCUGUUCAAAGAGGGUUGAUGGAUAUUCUUUCUGGGGCUCACCUUCUGAAUGGGAGAGGCAAGGGUGAUCUGGCUGGGGGAGCAGACGCUUUAAGAAAGCAGAGGGCAUAGUCAAAAAGAUCCUCUUAUGACAAACAAUCCCAGCCAGAUGGAGGCAAAGGAAGGAAUGCCUGGAUAAUGCUUGGUCUCCUGAAAGCCACGGCUGUUUUCUGCAUUGAAGAAAAGCACAGACUGGAGUCCGGCGACAUGGAUGAAAGGACCAGGCUUUGAAUCUGCCAGGCCCUCAGUUUUUUUUUAUCUGUGGGUUAAGAGACGUGGGUCUGGGUUCAGCAAGGCAGCCCGUGAAGACUCUACCAUGAAAGGUGAACUUCUCCUGCUUUCCAGUGUGAUUUUUCUGCUCCAAGGGGCAUGUGGCUGUCCAGAGAAGUGCCGCUGUCACUCACCUUCCCAUUCUGUAGACUGCCGCCUCCAGGGUCUGGAAGCCAUCCCUUCUGAUCUGCCUUCCAGAACUCUAACUCUGCACUUACAAGAUAACCUGAUCCAUCAGCUCCCUGCAUAUGCCUUUCAGUCCAUGCUGCAGCUCACAGUCUUGAACUUGUACAACAAUUCCCUUUCACAGCUGACCCCAGAAGUCUUUCAUGGCCUUCAGCACUUGCAGGUCUUAAACCUAUCCCAGAACUCCCUGCAUUCCCUAGAAAGCAGCCUUUUCCAUUCCCUUCCCCAGCUGAAGGAGCUUGAUUUAUCAUCAAAUAGCAUUAGCCAUCUUCCCGCAUCCCUGGGUGGGCCUUGGAAAAACCUGAUUAUAUUCGCUGUUCAACAGAACUGGCUUCAGCAGCUGGAUCGAGCACUCCUAGAAACCAUGCCCAGUUUGAGGCUUUUACUUCUCAAGGACAACCUCUGGCAAUGCAAUUGUCACUUGCUUGGUCUGAAACUCUGGCUGGAGAAAUUUAUCUACAAAGGGGGAGUGACGGAUGGUGUUGCCUGCCUGUCCCCAGAUACUUGGAAGGGAGAAGACCUUCUCAAAAUCCCUCACGAGCUUUACCCACCAUGCCUGGGGCCUGCUCCAGACCUGGAGUCCUCCUGGCAGCUGCAGCCAGGGUCUGACCGCCAGGCUGCCCUGAGGCCCCCUGAGGGCCACUCAGAGUGUGAGUUCAGACCCAAGCCCAGGCCAGUCAGCCUGCGCCAUGCCAUGGCUACUGUGGUCAUUACUGGGGUUGUGUGUGGAAUUGUGUGCCUACUGAUGCUAGCUGCUGUCAUCUACGGCUGCACCUAUGCAGCCCUGACCGCCCAGUGCCAUAGGCAACCCCUGGAAAGAACCAGCAGGCCUGCAAAGGCAGAAGGGAAAGAGCUGUUUGACAGUUUGCCUGCCUGAGUUCUUGCCUCUCAAAUGGCAAUGAGCCAUUUAGGACAUGUUUGAGUAGGGCUGACAUGGCCAGUGGUAACCGUCUCAUUUUGCUUCACCCACCUACCCCCCAAAAAUGUGUCUGUGAAAAACAUAUAUAUAUAUAUAUUCCUGGGAGAAACUGACAUUAAACUUUUUGAUUAAAUGCCAAAGAUGGAAUAAAGAUGGUACAUGUGGGCCUGAGCAGUGGCACACCUGGUUGAAUGCACAUGUCAUAGUGUACAAGGACCCAGGUUCAAGCUCCCAGUAUGCACCUAAAAGGGGAAGGUUCAAGAGCAGUGAAGCAGUGCUGCAGGUCUCUUUCUCUCUCCCUCUCUAUCUCCCCCUUCACUCAAUUUCUGUCUAUUCAAAAUAAAUAAAACUUAAUUAAAUAUUUUGGGGAAAAUAUGG